AUGAAAAGAGCCUGCUUGGCACACUUCAUUAAAACGAAAAAACAAGGACUGCUCGGCUUGGAGUUAGAGUAUCGUUUAUGGAAGUACAGCAAGGCUGAGGCUGGUGCCCUGGAGCCGGAAUGGGAGGGCACUCACACAAUAACAGAGGGUGUGGUGUACUUGAAGGACCAGUGGGCAGGGGACAAGAUGAAUGGUCAAGGGAAGCUGACCCAUCCAUCUGGCAGUGUGUACAUUGGCGAGUUCAACAACAACCAGUUUCAUGGAACCGGAAAAUAUGUCUGGCCCAAUGGAUCAUUUUAUGAAGGACAGUUUGUUGAAAACAAGUAA